UUCCGCCUCUUCUUCAACAUAUACCACCGCUCAAGUAUGCUUCUUCUAACAACAAACACAAGCACCACACUUUCUCCUCCUUCCACCUUCGCCCAUGGCUUCCACCGCAAACGCCUUCUCUCCUUCUCUCUCCUACAAUCUCAAUACCAAGACCAAGUCCUCUACCUUGAAGCCGAGCUCGCCUUCUUUUUUUCAAACUCGUAGCAAUGUUUCUGUUCGGGGUUUGUGUUCUGUUGAGUUGAAUCGGGGACGAGUUGCUGUGUCGAGAUCAAGUCGAAUCGGGUUGAGGAUUUGCGCUAGUACAGCUGAGUUGAUGGAGGCUAAAGCUCCUACCAUUGUUGAUGUCGAUUUGGGUAAUCGUAGCUACCCUAUCUAUAUCGGGUCCGGACUUCUUGAUCAGCCUGAACUGCUUCAAAGGCAUGUUCAUGGGAAGAGGGUUCUUGUGGUGACUAACAAUACGGUUGGGGCAAUAUACUUGGAUAAAGUUGUUGGUGCUUUAACGAGAGGAAACCCUAAUGUUUCAGUUGAGAGUGUGAUUUUACCAGAUGGGGAGAAGUACAAGGACAUGGACACUCUCAUGAAAGUCUUUGACAAGGCCAUUGAAUCACGGUUGGACCGAAGAUGUACGUUUGUUGCUCUUGGAGGUGGAGUGAUUGGUGAUAUGUGUGGUUAUGCAGCAGCCUCUUUCCUUCGUGGGGUAAAUUUUAUCCAGAUUCCAACAACUGUUAUGGCGCAGGUGGAUUCUUCAGUUGGAGGUAAAACUGGCAUAAACCACCGCCUUGGGAAGAACUUAAUUGGAGCCUUUUACCAACCUCAAUGUGUGCUUAUCGACACCAACACAUUAAACACAUUACCAGACAGGGAACUGGCAUCUGGUCUUGCAGAGGUCAUAAAAUAUGGGCUUAUUAGGGAUGCUGAGUUCUUUGAGUGGCAGGAGAAGAAUAUGGAGAGACUGAUGGCAAGGGAUCCUAAUGCAUUGGCUUAUGCUAUAAAGCGAUCAUGUGAAAAUAAGGCUGAGGUUGUGUCAUUGGAUGAGAAGGAAAGUGGAUUGAGGGCAACAUUGAAUUUGGGUCAUACAUUUGGCCAUGCGAUAGAAACUGGGUUUGGAUAUGGACAGUGGCUCCAUGGAGAAGCUGUUGCAGCUGGCAUGGUGAUGGCUGUUGACAUGUCAUAUCGCCUUGGUUGGAUCGACAGUUCAAUUGUGAAGCGAGUUCAUAGCAUUUUAGAAAGGGCCAAGUUACCCACUGCCCCUCCUGAAACAAUGACUGUGGAAAUGUUCAAAUCUGUUAUGGCGGUUGAUAAGAAGGUGGCUGAUGGGCUACUAAGGCUUAUCCUUCUGAAAGGUCCUCUAGGUAACUGUGUUUUCACCGGCGAUUAUGAUAGAAAAGGCUUGGAUGAUACACUGCGUGCAUUUUGCAAGUCAUGAUUCUUGAUUUGUUUUAUUGCCAUACCUUGAGAAGUUCUGGAUAUUUGAUCCCAAUUGUUUAAGAAUUGUGCGAGUUCUUUGUUCAUGUAGUUUCUUGCUUUCCUUAAAUUUCUAUUGGCAAUUGCUAUUAUAGUGCUUGUAAUUUAAAAUUUUACGGGGCAAUCAAUAAAAUAAAUUUCCGCCUUUUAU